AUGUUGAGAUCCCUCUGUUGCUCCUAGGUCUCAAGUUUGACAUGAAAUACAUGAAUUUUCGUGUGAAGGCCUGUAAUAAGGCGGUCGCAGGCGAGUUCUCCGAGUCAGUGACCCUGGAGACACCAGCGUUCAUGUUCCGCCUGGAUGCGUCCACAUCUCACCAGAACUUGCGGGUGGAUGACCUCUCCGUGGAGUGGGACGCCAUGGGCGGGAAGGUGCAGGACAUCAAGGCUCGAGAGAAAGACGGCAAGGGGCGGACCGCGUCUCCCGUCAACUCCCCAGCGAGAGGUGUGCCAUCCCCCAAGAGGAUGCCCUCGGGUCGUGGGGGUCGGGACCGCUUCACGGCUGAGUCCUACACGGUGUUGGGGGACACGCUGAUCGACGGUGGGGAACAUUACUGGGAGGUGCGCUACGAGCCGGACAGCAAGGCGUUCGGCGUGGGGGUGGCAUACCGCAGCCUGGGCCGCUUCGAGCAGCUGGGCAAGACGGCCGCGUCCUGGUGCCUGCACGUCAACAACUGGCUGCAGGUCAGCUUCACUGCCAAGCACGCCAACAAGGCCAAGGUGCUGGAACCCCCCGUGCCCGACUGCCUGGGUGUGCACUGCGACUUCCACCAAGGCCUGCUGUCCUUCUACAACGCCCGUACCAAACAGCUGGUGCACACGUUCAAGGCCAAGUUCACACAGCCCGUGCUGCCUGCUUUCACAGUGUGGUGCGGCAGCUUCCAGGUGAUGACAGGCCUGCAGGUCCCCAGCUCUGUGCGCUGCUUGCAGAAGCGGGGCAGUGCCACCAGCAGCUCCAACACCAGCCUCACCUAGGCCACUGGACCGCCCGCCCGGCCCGGCUGAGUUUGGGGAGCCCCCCCCAGGCCUUGGUUGUUUCAGCCGACACCUUCUUCUCACUUUGCUGCUUGGAGCCUUAACUCCUGAUUGGGGGGGUCACCAAUGGGGAGCGGGCACCAGGGCGGGCCCUCGUCCCCACCUCACCUCCUAAUAAAAGUCAAUCACUGGCCAGGC